AUGGUACUAAAAACUACUGACCAUGGUCAAUUGUCAUCUUCUAGUAUGUUAUGGGCUAAGCCACCAAUAGAUGUCACAAUGUCUUUCACUUUCUUCAACAUCACUAACAGCCAACAGGUGCAAUAUUAUACAGCAAAACCAAAUGUAACCGAAAAAGGAGUUUUUUCUUUUCGGAUGACAGAAACAAAGAAAGAUUUAAAAUUUAGCAAAGAUGGCAAUACAGUUUAUUACAAAAGUUACAAACAAUACUUUUAUGAACCGAACAUGUCGUGUCCUUCGUGUCGCGACAAUCCGGAAUUGAUACUUCCUAAUGUCGCAGCAUUGGGAGCAAUAACAACAAUGAUUGAAGAGAAAGAAUGUGGUCCAACUUGUCGCUUAAUAAUUGACAUCGGUUUGCUUCUUAUGGGCGAAUAUCCUUUUCGAAGAUUAAAGCCAUUGAAUGUUACAUUUUAUGGAUACAACGAUGCAUUGCUUUCGCUCACAAAUUCUCCUAUUUUCAAAUAUUUUGGUGACAAAUUUAACGAUGGUAAACCAAUUAUUCCACUCAAAAUUCCUCAUUUAAAAAAUUUGGCUUUAUUUUACAGACUUAAUAAUUCGAAUGAUGAAGAUUAUAUUAUUGAAACGGGUAAGAAAGAUAUUAAUUCAAUUGGUGCAAUUCAAAAUUGGGCUGGAUCCAAUCAUUUACAAUUAUCAUGGUGGCAAACUAGACAAGCUCGAAUGAUUAAUGGAACUGAUACCGGAAGUUUUGCACCGUUUCAUUUAACGCCCAGUAGUAUUCUUCCAUUUUUCAGUUCAUUUUUGUGUCGAUCAUUUGUCGCAGAAUUUUCUAAACAUUCCACUUAUAAAAAAAUGAAAAGUGUAGAAUUUACGGUUCCACAGGAUGAAUUUGAUACAAUUAGUAAUGAACAUAUCGGUUUCCGAUAUCGUAAUCUUGAACAAAUCAAAUAUUUUCCGGAAUGGAAUCCAUGCUCAAAAAUGACAAGAAGUAAUAACUUUACUCCAUGUUCAAAUAUAAGUAUUAAUUGUUUAUUAGAGCAAAAUUUAUGUCAUCACUGUUGCAAAGGGAAUAAUGUAGAUGGAACUUACCUAUUACCUCCCGGAAUGUUCCCGCUUGUCUGUUUCCCGGGUAAAAAUGAGACAUUACCAAUGUCAGCAAUCAUAUCACCACCUUAUUUUUCUUACUCUCCAAAAGAAGUUAUUAAUUCGGUAAUUGGAUUUCCACAAUUGAAUGUUAAACCGUCAACAUUUACAUUUACUCGAGAACCGUUGACAGGAUUACUGAUGCAAAUUAAUAUUCAACUGAUGAUAUCAUUUCCUAUGUUUCAAACAAAUGAAUCAACGAUUGCAACUCGAUUGCCAAAUUUGAUGACACCAAUGAUGUUAAUUCGAGUGCAUGGUGAACUUUCCGAUGAUUUCUUCGAGAUGUUUUUUACUAAUUUAAUAUUAAUUCCAAAAUAUGUUAGAUGGAUAAGAAUUAUUUUUAUUAUCUCGGGAAUAUGCAUUUUAAUGGUAUAUGGCAUUUUGACCUUAGUGAGAUAUUUUCAAAAGGUCAAAUAA